GAUUGUGUGCGUGCGUGCGUGCGUGUGCGCGCGCGCGCGCCGGAGCUGACGCGAGCCGGUCCGCGGCGGCAGAGAGGGUGCUCGUGAGAUUUCAGCGGUGCGUAUUUGACCCAGCGGAUAGGAGGGCGCUCGAGUUCUACCCUUCUUUUUCCUUGUCCGCGCACGGAGCCCACGUAGACCCGGCGGAAUCGUCACGGGGAAGAAAUCUGUGGGAUCUGACGCGCGUGUGUUCUCGCGCAUCCCGAGCCGAGCGACCGAGUGCGCAGUCCGGUCGGCCGGCGGUCGGUGGUCGGCGUGGGGGUCGUUCUAGCGCCUGGCGGAAGGGAGGAGGUGCGGGACGUGCGCCGGACUCCUGGCCGCAAUCCGAGCAUCCCACGGUCCGGGCAGCAUCCACCCCCUCCGCGCCUCAGCUGCAGCGGGAGGCCCGGAGUGGCGGCAGGAUGUAGCAGCGGAUUAACGGAGGAGAGAGGGGCGCUCAGUGGCAGAGAGCGGGACCGAGCGGACUGCGGCGGGACGGAGGGGACAUGGGGAAGGACCAGGAGCUGCUCCAGGCCGUGAAGACCGAGGACUUGCUGACAGCCCAGCGGCUUCUACAGAGACCACGGCCGGGGAAAGCCAAGCUCCUUGGAGCAGCAAAGAGGGUGAAUGUCAACAUCCAGGAUGCAGAUGGGCUGUCACCGCUGCACCAUGCUGCUCUGGGUGGUAACAAGGAGCUGAUCGCCCUGCUGCUGGAGGCCCAGGCUGCAGUGGAUAUUAAAGACAACAAAGGGAUGCGUCCUCUGCAUUACGCUGCAUGGCAGGGGAAGACUGAACCAAUGAAAAUGCUGCUGAAAUCGGGGUCAUCAGUCAACGGACAGUCAGAUGAAGGACAGAUCCCUCUCCACCUAUCAGCUCAGCAUGGACACUAUGAUGGGUCGGAGAUGUUGCUGCAACACCAGUCCAACCCGUGUAUCUCAGACUCAGCGGGGAAAACACCUUUGGACCUCGCCUGUGAAUUUGGACGUGUCGGAGUGGUCCAGCUCCUGCUUAGCAGUAACAUGUGUGCAGCCAUGAUCGAACCAAAACCCUCCGACCCCAACGGAGUGUCACCUCUGCAUCUCGCUGCCAAGAACGGACACAUCGAAGUCAUACGAUUGCUGAUUCAGGCUGGUAUAGACAUCAACAGACAGGCCGAGUCUGGCACAGCUCUACAUCAGGCUGCCCUCUGUGGGAAGACAGAGGUAGUACGCCUGCUGCUGGACAGUGGCAUCAGUGCGGGAGUGAGAAACACUCUGAGUCAAACUGCCCUGGACAUUGUUAACCAGUUCACCACCACGCAGGCCAGCCGGGAGAUCAAGCAGCUACUCAGAGAUGCUUCCGCUGCGAUGCAAGUGCGAGCGCUGAAGGAUUACUGCAACAACUACGACCUGACCAGCCUCAACAUCAAAGCUGGAGACAUUAUCACGGUUUUGGAGCAGCACUCUGACGGUCGAUGGAAGGGCUGUAUUCACGACAACCGCACAGGAAAUGACCGCGUUGGCUACUUUCCCUCCAAUAUGGUGGAAGUCAUCAAGAGGGCAGGUUCGCGGUCUGCAGACCUGAGUCCUCAAGGCUCCCCAACCCUGGGACAUCAGAGCAGCACCAGCGAGGAUAUCUGGGUGUUACGCAAACCACUGGCAGGUGGUGAGCGCAGUGGCAGUGUGGGCAGUCUCGGCAGUGUGCGGUCCUUGAGCAGCUUGCAGAGCUCUGGAAACACACAUGUUCUAACUACCCCUGCACCCAGUCCACACCCGGCGCCCACGCCAGGAGUCAACACACAUGGCCUUAACGCUCCAGGCCUGCACGCACAGUCUGAAGGAGUCAAGCUCCUGGCCACCGUGCUUUCCCAGUCGGUUAAAGCCAAGGAGCACCUCCUGGAGCAGUCGCAGUCUGUUGAGCAGUCAGCGAGCUCUUCCAGUUGCACAGUUCACGAACCGCGGCCGUUUGAGCGGAAGGCAGAGGAGGAUGAUGGGAAAAAGCAGGCAGUAGUGGCGUGGCUGGGUGAGUUUCAGCUGCAGUUCUACACCACCCACUUCCUCACCGCGGGAUAUGAUCUAGACACCGUUAGCCGCAUGACCCCCGAGGACCUGACGGCGAUCGGGGUCAUGAAGCCUGGACAUCGAAAAAAGUUGACAUCAGAGAUCAGCAAGCUGCCGUCCACAGACUGGCUGCCAGACCAUAAGCCUGCCAAUCUGGCAGAAUGGCUGUCUCACCUGGGUCUUAGUCAGUACUACCAGGUUCUGGUGCAGAACGGGUACGAAAACACUGACUUCAUCUCUGACAUCAGCCUUGAGGACCUGCAAGAGAUUGGCAUCACUAAGCUCGGCCAUCAGAAGAAACUGAUGUUAGGCGUGAGGAGACUGAAGGACCUACAGAGGGGAGAAAGUGGUCCUGAGCCUCCUCAGAGCCCCUCCACGCCUCCAUCCAGCCCGGGUGGGAGCACCAGCUCAGAGCCUCGGAGGGAGGCGAGGAAGCAGAGGGACGGUGCCCCCAGCCCACUGACCAAACCUCGCCCAGGUCUCACACAUUCACAGACCCCUCCCCAAACCCCACCGCAGACCCCCCCACAUGCCAGGGCCCAGCAGGCCUCCCCCAGGGCUCGGCCGCGCCCCUCGACCCAGUUGGCGGCGCUAGAUUCGUCAGUGCCGCUGCUGCGGCUGCCCAGCGAGGAGGAAGAGCGGCGGCGAACUCACAGUCUUAUUGGCACAGAAUCAGACUCUAGAUACGCAACCGUGUGCCGCAGCAGCUCCGCACGUACCGAUGCCCUUAAUGACGUCACGGUUAACCGCAGCCAUUCGUCUGUCACCCUCCGUCCCCGUCGGAAAGGUCGGCCCCCAACACCACCUAAACGCUCCUGUUCUUCUAUCACAGGAGGUGAUGGGGAGGGAGAGGAACAGGGUGAGGGACUACUGGGGCUGCCAAACUAUCGAGAGCGGCGGGCCAGUGACUGCGGCAGCCUGGGAUCAGCUUUAAGAGCUCAGGACUCAGGCCUGGAGAGAUCAGAGGGGGCGUCUGGGAGUGUUCGCAGCCUUGCUGCGAUGCUGGAAACAUCCAUGGUAGGUGGAGCCAAAACCCUGCCAAAGAAUCUGGGAAGCAGCACCAACUACCUACAGGUGAGUCCACCCGUACUUCGUCGCCAGGCACGUCUUGGGUCUGAGGAGGAUGAUGCCCUGAGUCGGCGCAGGACAAUCAGUGGACCCGAAGGCAUCCCUGGUGAUCAGACUGACCUGUUACCUCGGAAACCAGCCCAGCAGCGUCCAGAGCCCAGGCCCCGCUCCACCAUGGUCACCUCAGCAUCAGAGAUCACAGACGGCACGGUGACACUCCGGAGAAAGCCGCGUCCCCCGGCAACAGACUCUGAAGCACCAGCAUCGGAGGCUACCGCUGCUGUUACCGUGACAACCGUCUCCGACACCAUACGCAGGAGACCGCGCGUGUCCGAGAACGCCGAAAAUGUCCUUCAAAGCAAUAACCAACCGGACUCUCCGAGCAGUCACACGGAUAGUAGCCGGAAAAAUGGAGGUGAGGUGCAGCACAACGGCGGCGUGGUCCUGAGGCAGAGGCCCGUGUCUCAAGUGCCUGACAGGACGGAGCCCAACAGAGAGAGCUGUGAGUGGAUGGAGGCCCGGAAGUCUCUAAAGCCAGCAGUGUCACCCAAACCCUCAACUGUCACCCUGAGAAAGACACAAGGGGAACCUCCAGUACCAACCCGCAGAGUCCCCAUACCCGGGCCUGAUAAUGCUGAGAAGGCACAGAGCCCCGAGCCCAAGCGUGUCCCUCCUCCUGUAUCUCCAAAACCCCGCGGUCCUCCGACAGCACCCAAACCAGGCAAGUCAACGGUAGCUUCGACAGCCAUGAGCCCGAGCCCCGCUGCCACCAGUCCCACCCCGGCCCCCAAACCCUCCUCUCCGCUUUCUGCCGCCCCGCUUCCGGCUCCCGACACCCCCUCUGCUCCCUCCCUCUCCCCGGGACUGCCUCUCACAUCCCCAUCUCCGGCCCAGAGUCCCUGCACCCCGUCAUCGCACCCUGUCAAACCUCCCCGCUCCUCCAUCGCCGGUCUCUCCAUCGACUUGCUGGGGGGACGCGAGGCGGAGGAGGAAGAGGAGAGGAGGAGGGAGGAAGAAGAGAGGAGUAGAGAGAGGGAGCACAGGAGGCACAAAGAGCAGGAGGAGGAGGAGAGGAAGAGAGCAGAGGAAGAGAGUCAGAGGGAGCUGGAGACCAAGCCCUCAAGGAAAGAAGGAGCUAGUGAGGAGGUGGAGAGUCAAGCAGAGGGAGCAGUGCAGGAGGACGGUGUGCAGCAUCGCUUGGAGGAGACCAGUGCCUCCUUGGCUGCAGCUCUGCAGGCUGUGGAGCAUACAAUCAAAGAGGAGGAUGCACAAAAUGACUCUAUUUCCAGCAAAAAGACAACGGUCUCCAUCUUGGAUGACAUUGGCAACAUGUUUGACGACUUGGCAGACCAACUGGAUGCAAUGCUCGACUGAUCCCUACGCCCACGUCUCAUUUCCAACGAUUCCCUUUUCCUCUCCCUCUUCACGUGUGCGUACAUCAAGAAAGCUUUCCCGAGGCUCGACGCUGGUGCUCUGAGAGCGUGUUUGUGUGUGUGUGUGUGUGUGUGUGUGUGUGUGUGUGUUUGAGAGCGUGUCCCAUCUGGUGCGAGCGCUUCUCGUGUAGCCUUGUACAGUACACUGAGGAGGGAGUCCUCAUCAUCUGGUGCAGUAGCUCUAGAAUGCCUUUCCCGGUGCGAGGAGGCCGCUCCCACACAACCUCUGACCUCUGCAGCCCAGCGAGUCGCCACCACCCGGCCUCAGACGGCGGCGUGGAACCGAGAAGCACAAUCAUUUCCCUCAUCCUUUUAUCUCUACAGACUCUGGCUACAGCACAGAAAUGCUAACCCAGUCAGACGGACUGAUAAGCAUAUUGCUUGCAAAAAAAAUAAGCACAUAAACUGAUUGAGAGACGGGCAGAUAGAUAGAUAGCUAGAUAGACAAGAUGUGUACAGACGAGACACUGGAGAGAAUUUUUAAAAAGCACACGGAAAAAGACAGGCCGCUUUCUGUGUCUGUCUCACUCCUGCAAUGUCAACAGGAUGCAAUUUUCCAGAUGAACCGAAGCCUCUAUUUCUCUUCUGUGUGAGUGGAGGAUUGUGGUUAGUUGCACUUCCUGAGCUGUGUGUUGUCUCUGUUCCUGUUGUUGUUGUUGUUCUUGUUGUUGCUGCCGCUGCUGUUGUUGUUAUCGUUGCCGUUGUUGUCGUUUAAAAAGAGUGUGUGUAGUCCCCGCUGAUGCUCAUGUCAGUGUCCUCCAACUCGUACAGUGGUUAUACUAAUGAUCCGAAAGACGACAUAGAUAUGUGUCCAUGAAUUUUUGAGACACUCUGUCACACGUACACGCACACACACACACACACACACACACACACACACACACACACACAAAUGCACACUACAUUGGUUUUAAUCUGGCGGCUGUUCUGAUCUGUUGGUGUUUGCCUCCACUUAUGGAAGUUUUGCUUGGAAAUGAAUCUACACUAUUUACAUUAAAACGACUGACAUACACACACAUAUAUACAAGCACAGUCAUGCCGUGUAUCCCUUUGUCCUGCUGCAGUGAACAGUGUUUUUGAAAAAUAAUCCUAUAUUUCAAUGCUUUCUAUAGUACAUCCAGUAUACAGACAUACAUAGAGUUUAUAAUAUACCUGGGUAUUUGAGCUUUUAGAGCUCCCUCUAGUGUUGGUUAGUGAAACUGCCCCUAUUCUGCCCACCUUCCGUCUUGUCUUCCCCCUCUUUUAUUUCAAUCUCCCUUUGUGUCCAUUCUGUUAACUUAUGCAUCUUUUUGUGCCUUGGUAGUUUUCUGUUCUUUUUUUUCUUGUUUUCCAAAAAAGUUUUAAUGGUUUUCUCUGUUUCCCUCGCUCCUUGUUUGUCUGUGAGGUCAAAAAAGUAGCUUCUAGGUUGACUUGUGAGUCCUACAGUAUAUGAUCAAUGAAAUCAGUCGCCCUGUCUGAACUCCUUCCGGCUGUAACCAUUGAGAAGCCUUGUUCGAGCCCAUGUAAGCCCCCGCUGUAAGAUGAUAUAAUUUGGCUCUACUGCUCCUCCUCGGCUCCGCAGUUUUCAGUGGUCCCACAGGUGUAGGGCCGGACAGUGGAUCAGCCACCAGUGUUUAUCCCAAUGGAGAGUCUACGUGUAUUUUUAUGCUCUUUGAAAACAAAGAUAUAUUUGAGAAACAGAUGGUUGUGUGUGAAUAAUAAAAAACAAUAAUGAUAAAUAAUGGUUAUUCUAGACAUUGAAGUGAGGUGAGCUGAUUGAGCCUGUGCAUUCAUGGUCGAGUUCUGGAUGUGUUGUUACGGCUGUUGUGCCAUGGUUGGGUUUAGGUUGUGUUUCUGCUGUGAUGAUGCAUUCCUGUACAGCCGUGAUCAGAAUAAAUGUAUAAAUUAAACAA